CGAUUACAAAUCAUUAUUUAGUCUACCCCCGCAACAACGUUCGAGAUAUAAAAUCGCCAUCUCUUCAACGUUGUGCGUCCUUUGAGAAGCACCGAUUGAGCGCAUUUGUUUGAAAACUAAUCCUUUAAAACGAACUAAAAUGUAUGAAGUUGUAAUUCAUUCCGGCCCGAAGGCCGAAGUCGUCCAAUCUCCCAUCCCGAAACCAAAGCCAGACCAGCUUGUCAUCAAAGUCAUAGUUUCGGGCAGCAACCCCAAAGACUGGAAAUAUCCGGAGUGGACGGAGGCUGUUAUCAACCAAGGUGACGACAUUGCAGGCAUUGUCCAUGAAGUUGGUUCCGGGGUAACUGAGUUCAAGAUCGGAGCCCGGGUUGCUGCGUUUCACGAGAUGGCCACACCUGGAGGUAGCUAUGCUGAGUACGCUGUUUCGUGGGCACAUACGACUUUUCAUUUGCCAGAGAAGACUACCUACGAAGAAGCAUCAACAAUUCCCCUGGCAGCCCUGACAGCAUCACUCGCUCUUUUCGGCCGCCUGUCUCUGCCCACACCUUUUUCUCCGGCUAAAGAAAAAAUCCCACUCAUAAUCUAUGGCGGUUCAUCUGCUGUCGGCGCAUUUGCUAUCAAGCUCGCCCAAAAGGCGAACAUUCACCCUCUAUUUGUCGUCGCGGGCUCAGGCACGUCUUUUGUUGAAAAGCUGAUUGACUCAUCCAAAGGCGAUCGGAUUAUUGACUACCGCCCUGGAAUCGACCAUGUCGUUGACGAAAUUUACAAAACUGCCAAGGCGAGUGGAGAAGAAACGAUUAAAUACGCCCUGGACAGCAUUACUCUCGAUGCCACGUACGGCGCGAUCGCCAAGGUGUUGGACUCAAAAGAGGGACAAUUUACCGGCGUUUUGCCCUUUAAUGAAAAUGUCUUUCCAUCCACGGUGACCACUUCUAUGACGAAUGUUGGUAGCGUGCACAGUCCAAAAGUACCAGGGGACGAGGAUUUGGGUUUCGUGUUCAGCCGACUGUUUAGCAAGGGUUUGAAAGAGGGUUGGUUCUCGGGACAUCCGCAUGAAGUCGUUCGCAAUGGGCUGGAGGGAGUAGAGGAAGCUUUGAAGAAUUUGAAAGAUGGGAAGAAUAGCGCUUCGAAGUACGUCUUCAGAGUCAAAGACACUCCUGGUUUGAAAUAGAAAGUGAUAAAGCAAGUAUAUCCGAAAUCAAAAUCAGAUUCACCAACUUC